CUGUCACGGAUUAACUCGGACUAUAUUAACAAGGAGCCUAUAAAAGGGCAACAUGGAAUGGCCUGAGGAUUUUCCUGAGGACCAAACGUUUGUGGCGCUUCCGGUUCCAGGGGUUUCCAGUGAUCUGGACUUUGAACAGUUUAUCAAAGACACAGAGGAGAAACUCAGUCAAAAUGCCAGGAGUCUUGAACAACAGCUGAGGGAUCUCCAGUUCAAAGUGGGAGAAUCUAGAACAGGAAGUUCUCCGAGUUCAACGGAGGUCCUGCAGUGGUUCAACAUUAGAGCACAAAACAAUGUGAAGCCUGUUACCACUGGACAUCAAGAGCUCAUGAACUUCUUCAGAGCUCUGCAACAGUACCUUAGAUCAGAUGAAGAAGCAAAAGAAGAGGUGACACUUGAGCUCCUGAUGAACCUGACUGCUCAGUGUGGCUUUUGCUUUCCUUGUACACCCUCUUCUUCCUCUUCAACUUCCUGUCUUCAUCCUCAAAUGUCCAACUCCUCUGCCCACACAUUGCAUACAGUCAGAGAUGACUCUUCUUUGGAGAUUCAGGAAGCGUGGGAUGCUGUGCGUCUCCAGCUGCGACGCUAUCUGAUGGACCGGCUGUCAUUUCACAGCCCGGAACCUUCUGGAUCCCAAAAAUUUUCCACUUUGACUAUCCCUGAACGGGUCCUCUGUCUUCAGCAGCUGUCGUUCCUUUAUCCUGAUUGUGAGGUUCUCACAGAUUACCAGGCCCUAAAAUGCAAGUUUGUGGUGCACGUUCUCCACUCAAGCUUGUGCUCCAGCCCGGGUGGUGAGACUGGCUUUGACAGGGUGGCUACAGGUUUCUGCAAUGCAGUCCCAUGUCUGACCCAAGCCCUCAAAGAGGAGCUUCAGGUCCUCUCAAGCUUAACAGAGCCCCACACAAUCCUUGGUUUUCUAAAUGUGGCCUACUUUGGUACUGUGGCCCAAGAAAUGGCUUUGGAGAUGGAGAGAGAAUUUGAAACAGUGCAGAGGGACAACACAGUGCUGAGCAGCAAGAUUAAAAAAUACUCAGCCAGAUCCCGAGCAACUGUAGCACCAAUGGAGCUUCCAAUCAAAAGUAGGAGCUUCAGUUUGACCUCCCACCAGCUGAGGGCGUUAACCCAGCUGGCUUGCAUCCUGCUGAGGUUUGAAAGUGAUGCAAGUGAGCUGGUUACAAACAUGACCUUCGUAAAUUGUACAGAGGAUGCUCCCUGUGUAAAAGGAAUCUUGAAAAAGUGUAAAGAGGACUCAAACAUGAAAACAGAUGACAAUAAACCCACCUCAGACAAACUUCACACCUCAGAGAAACAGUCUAUAGAGUUUACCUGGAGGUCGGCAUUUAGUUGUCUAGUCCCCCACAUGGAGCAUUGUGUCAAAGUGGUGCUGGAUAAUGUCUGUGCCAUAAAUCUACAGCAAGAAGAGGCUUUAUAUUCUUCUGGACACUCCUCAGUCAGCCUGAGCCCCAUCACUGACUUUUCUGUCAGCAACAAACAUCUCCAAGAAGACUACUUAUGUUACUUCUCAGAGAGGGAGACUCCCAAAAUGAUCACCAAGUUCUGUGGAGCAAUUCUGAAUGAGCUCGAUGCCUUACUACCAUUGGCAGUAGCCUGCAGGAACAGUUCCCUCCUGGGGGUGCGAUCAAGUUUUGUUGAAGCUUGUGGCAAAGCGGCAUUUGCCAUGUUGGGCCGUUUGCAAGAGAGGGCCCUGGAGGUACCAUCUUCUGCACCCCUGAAGAACUUGCCAGCUCUGCUUUCUACUUGUAUUUAUGUACACCAGCGAUUGGAGUACUACUAUGUCAGACUGAAGGAUUCAGAUGCAACUCGAGCUAAAAUACCCCUGACUCUGCUGCCCAUCCAAACGUACCAAGAUACAGUUGAAGCUUUAAGAGAACAGCUGACCAGCUACUGCGUCCAGGUUUGCAUCACCUGCAUUCUUCAGGAUGCAGAGAGUCAUGACUGGGCUGACCCCAAACCCUUUUAUGAGGGAGAGCGGUGUUCUUUCUCACUGCAGAUGUGGUUUUACUUCCUGUGUGGGCUUCGUAACGACCUGUGGGCAGUCCUUCCUGCAGAGCUGGCCAAGGAUGUGCUUGGGCAGGUGCUGACAGAGACGUUACAGCUGCUGGUGCAAAGAUAUGCUAGGGCUUGUGCUUCAUACAAGAGACACUUGCAAAUCAGAUGUGACAUCACAUCAAUGCUGCUUUAUGUGGAGCACCUUUUGUGGAGUGUGUGUGACAGCCCUGAGACAUUGAUGCUGGUAAACCCGUCUUCAGAAAUCACCAUUAUAGCAGGCGGACGUGACUGGCCGUACCUAAUCCACAACUUGUGUAACCAACUCCUGAUGGUCCUCAUAAUUGUCACAGCGCCCUUAUCUUUACUGUAUAGGACAUUUAUGAUCCACGGUUUGAACGAUUCCACAUCGCAGCAACCUGAUCGUCCUGUUAUACGCUGGUUAAAUGCUAUUAGGCCCGACCUCUACACAGAACUGACCAUACGUGAGGGCCUGAUGAGUGAGGCUGCCUUGGCAUGUCAGUUAAGACUACUGACCUCUGACCCAGGAUACAGCCCCAAGUUGCUGCUGCGAAUGUUGCUGUACGGAGACUGCCACCUGCCCAGGAUACUCCUGGAAAAUUCUUAUUUUUGCCAGGAGAGUGACUUAGAAAUGUGCACAGAGAAUUGCAAGGCAGGAGAUGACUUCAUAGUUACUCUGUUCAACCUCUUCUCCUGCUUGAAUAAAGUUCCCAAGGCUUUGACUCAGGCCCUACAGCCAUACCUGGAGAGGGCACAUAUUUGGAAACAUCUCUACACACUGGCAGACACAACUCAGACGGUACCGGUGUUGGUCACCUGUGUCAGAGAAAUGGUGACAAAGUCAACCAAUAGCAUUUUGGUUCAGCUGGCGUCUAUGGUGCUGAGGUGGCAGGCCACAGAUGAGUCCAAAGAAGUCAUGCUCAAGCAAAAUGUGCCAGAAAGCAUCCUGGCUAAAAUACCAAAGGACUGGGACUUUAAAACGUUUGAUGGAAGGGGAAAGGACACUGCCACUAAGAGUACCAUAACUUUUGCAAUUCAGGGAUUGUCUUUUGUUUUUACCAACCUGCCUUUGGUUGUAGCAUCCUUGCCUCUUUCCAUUCGCUUCCUUUUUCAAGUGGCAGAAAAGCACCUCUCUCAGCAUUCCCGACAGCUGCGCUCAAUGGGCCUGCUGCUCUGGGCCCUGCUUGGCUGCUUGAUUCAGGGCCUGGAGGAUAUAAACACUCUUGAGCAGAUCAGUGGUCUGGCUCUGGAUGGUGGGGCAAAGAACUGCCUCGCUCUGCUCGGGGAGUGCGUACAGGCUGCAGUGAGCAUUCAGCAAAAGGGUGUUCCCAGACUUACAAUGCACAAAGUUCUUCAGGCUCUAGAGGAAAAAAGACCCAAGUGGAUAAACAUGCAGCUGCAAAAGGCUCGGAAGCUCUGUACAGACAGCAUAUUUGAGCAAGGGGUAGAGAGAGAAGUUGCUGCAGCUGAACUGACUGAGCAGAAAAUAGGCCUGAUUCUGCUGGAGGUGUGCCACAAAGCAGGUGGCAGCCAGUACCUGAGGCAGAUCUAUCACAUCAUCCAAGGCAAUGAGGAACUCUUGAUGUCUCGCCUCAGUGGAAGCACCGAGCUUUCAAAGGAACCUCAUCUCUUGGUUAACUUUAACGUUGGUCCUGAGAAUCCUGCUCAAACUGACUGUUUCAACCCACUUCUUCAAUUCAACCACAUUGGCAAGAAGAAGCUGGAUCAGAGUGCCGUGGUCGACUGGCCGUGGGACUGGCCGAGGCUGCUGCCAGCCUAUGAGGGCAUGAGUCGGGUCACCUUCAGGAGUCUGAUGGCCAACAGGUGGGAUAUGCAGGAAAAUGCCGAGCUGGAGGAUGAAGAGAAAACAAUGGUUGAAGAACUGAAGAAAGCAUUUUUUGUUUGCUGCUGCAACAAGGAAACUCAAGAUCCUUCAGAAACUGAUGAGACACCAGCAAAGCAGACCCAGGGGGAAACACAACCAUCCGAUAAAAGUACUACCCAAUAACA